UUCAUGGUCGUUCAUUCCGCUUCUCUGUUUCUAUCAGCAUCUCGUCUGUUUUCCGAAUUUCAAUUACCUCUCAUACGACGAUCCAAGAUCACCCAAACACUCCACGCCCCAAAUUCGUCAAUUUUCCCGUUCCAAAACCCUAACCCAAAAUCCAAUUCAGAUCUAAUCGCCCUUCAAAACAAAACCCUAAAAACCUCCCCAAAUCCAUAGAAACCUCCUUGUCGAAAAUCAAAACCAUCCCACUCUAAUUCAUGCCUCCCUGAAGAAAAUCCAUCUUCCCAAAACCGAGACACAUCUCAGAUUCUUGAAGAAGGAGACAAAGCCCUAGAAACCCCAAUUCCAAUCGAAACCAAAACCAAAACCUAAUCCGAAUCCGAAUCCGAAUCCAUAUCCGACCCAUUUCAUUUCAAUCCUUCCUGAAUAAAAGCCCUAAGGUAAUUCAGAAUAGAGAGCCUCCCCUUUUGUCGUGCGAUGGGCGUGGGUCGUAUCUGUAAAGGAACCUCCAAACCCUCAUCUUCUUCUCCAUCUUCAUCUCCUUCUGUCACGACUUCUACGUCUCUCACGCAGACUGUUAACGGGUCCCACCAGUUCAAGAUCGCUGGGUAUUCCCUGUUAAAGGGCAUUGGGAUCGGGAAAUACAUCCCGUCUGAAACUUUCACGGUCGGGGGUUAUAACUGGGCCAUCUAUUUCUACCCAGAUGGGAAGAGCAUCGAAGAUAAUGCGGCAUACGUGUCGCUGUUUAUUGCGCUUGCGAGCGACGGGACGGACGUGAGGGCGCUGUUCGAAUUGACGCUUUUGGAUCAGAGUGGGAAGGAGAGGCACAAGGUGCACAGCCAUUUUGGGAGGACGCUGGAGAGUGGGCCGUAUACGCUCAAAUACCGUGGAAGCAUGUGGGGUUACAAACGUUUUUUCAAAAGAACUGUUCUAGAGACAUCAGACUACCUCAAAGAUGACUGCCUAUCGGUCCACUGUAGUGUUGGUGUUGUUAUGUCGCAUACAGAGGGACCCAAGAUUUACACAAUUGCAGUGCCACCUUCUAACAUAGGAGAGCAUUUUGGGCAACUCCUUGAAAGUGGAAAGGGAACCGAUGUAAAUUUUGAUGUUGAUGGGGAGAUUUUUCCUGCCCACAAGUUGGUACUUGCUGCUCGCUCGCCCGUGUUCAGAGCACAACUUUUUGGCCCUAUGAAGGACCGUAACACGCAGUCCAUAAAGGUUGAAGACAUUGAGGCUCCAGUUUUUAAGGCCUUGCUCCAUUUCAUAUACUGGGAUGAUCUACCAGACCUGCAAGAGCUUACUGGUUUGAAUUCGAAAUGGGCUUCCACAUUGAUGGCACAGCAUUUACUUGCAGCAGCGGACCGUUAUGGAUUGGAGAGGCUUAGGUUGCUCUGUGAGGUCAAGCUCUGUGAUGAAGUUGCAAUAAACACUGUAGCCACAACCUUGGCUUUGGCAGAGCAGCACCACUGUUUUCAGCUAAAAUCUGUCUGUCUCAAAUUUGUUGCGAUGCCUGAGAACCUGAGAGCUGUGAUGCAGACGGACGGAUUUGAAUAUCUGAAGGUGAGCUGCCCCGCAGUCUUGACUGAGCUCUUGGAAUACGUGGCAAAGGUUGGGGAGCAUUCCAUCAUUGUUUCUCGGCACCAUGCAAGUGAAGCGCUUGACGGGAGUGAUGCCAACGGGAGGCGCGUGAAGCAGCGGAUAUAACUCCAACAACAAUCUGGAAUUCUGUAGCAAAGCUUCACUCACGCACUAGUCUUCUAGAUAGAUAGAUGAUGGCUAAAACCAUUUUCAACUCCCUCCCAUGUUUUUUUGAGAUGUAAAAUUGGUAAUGUUGCCAUGGCAUUUUUCUUGUACUUGUGUGAAGAAGGCAGGCUUUCUUGAGGUAGUGGAUUGGAUUUUCAUCAGACCUUCGGUGUCAUCUUCUUUUGUUUAUGUAUUCGUUUUCUUCCAGUUCCUGUAUUUAGGGGUGUGUUUGGAUGCGUUAUUGAAUUGGACUGUAAUGUUUCUACUGCAUUUGAGUAAAAAAAAUGACAAAUUGUAAUUUCCUUUA